AUGGCGGCAGACGGCCCCUCCGUGCAGCCAUUGCAUGUUGAGUAUGACCCCGUCACGGGCGUGCCCUCCGAGUUCAACGACUUCCUGCCCAAGGACUGUGACGAGUACAAGCGGUGGAAGGCUUCCCAGGAGGCCGGCGUGUCGGGGGCAAUGGCAGGGCUGACAGUGGCGAGCGGCGAGGGCGGUGCGGCGGUGGGAGCAGCAGCAGCAGCGCCGGCACAAGAGAAGAAGCAGAGCAGUAAGAAGAAGAAAUCCAAGCCAGAGGUCGUGCUAGAGCGCAACACGCGCAACAAGAAGAAGUGCAUCACCACCAUCAGCGGGCUGGACAUGUUUGGCGUCAAGCUCGGCGAGGCCAGCAAGCUGUUUGGCAAGAAGUUUGCCAGUGGCGCGUCGGUGGUGAAGAAUGCAGAGGGCAAGGAGCACAUAGAUGUGCAGGGCGACUGUUUGGACCAGGCUGCAGAGCUGAUCAUCAAACAGUACAAGGAGGUGACAAAGCAGGACAUUUAUUACAUCGAGAGCAAAAAAAAGGAGCGCUACUACGAUGAUGAAGCGUAG